AUGUCUGACCACCAGCCUCGUACUCCGCCGAUCGGAGUCGUUCCAGCUGGUCUUGUCAACCGUCUCACCACUCCAAGCAGGAGGGGAAGACCUCCCCGUGUGUCAGUCAAGAACCCGUCACGAUCAGUCACCUUCCAGGAAAACUCGUCAUUGUCCCAAGGUGAAUCUCAAUCAACUCCCCAAAAUGGGACUCUGGACGCCUCUGCUGAGGCCAGUCGGCAUAUCCAACCAAAUCGAAGGUCCAACCGUAUACGUUCCAACACUAACUCCGAUCCCAUCACACCUUCCAAAGUCCCAAAACGACCUCAUGGAUCCUUGAUGGAUUCCACCAACCUCCCGUCUGUCAAGCGAGCUCGAUUGGACCCAGACACUGGCAAACUGCCAUCGUCCUUGCCGCCGUCCUCUUUACCAUCGUCAUCAUUACCGUCGUCAUCUAUGCCUUCGUCAUCUUUACCGUCUUCAUCUUUGCCUUCGUCGUCCCUACCUUCCUCAGAUCCUCAUUAUGAGAAGUGGGUUGAUCACUUUCAUGACCGACCUGAUCAUCGGAUUGUGGGAGACCUGGGAGACUUUUCCAGCGAUGAGGAUGAGGAUGAGUUGCCAUAUCAUCCUCAGGCUUUGCCCACACCCUGUGUGACACCUGGUGUCCGAAUCACAAAGGAGUUCCUGCGUUCCAUGAAGGUGGAUCUCAGCUCGGGAGAAGGAUAUACUCGCACGGAAGUCAUGGCCAAGGAUCUCAUGCGCUUUUUUGAAUCUCAGCCUCACGAUUACAAUAUUGAGAGGCAUUCGUUAUACAAGGAGGCCUCUAUCGAGUGGCUUGACGGUACCGGUCUAUAUCCCAACGACAUUCGUGCUCGUCGAUGCACCGUCAGUGUCCCCAAAGACGUGGUUCGCCAUUCAGCCGAUCGGGUGAUCUGGCGGGUCACCUACUCUUGUAACGGAGCAUGCCAGACCGUUGUUGACAAGCCUGUCACACAAUCGGCCCCCCCUCUCGCAAACAAGGACUCAUUGGGAGUCCAACUAUUUGAGUUUGCCAAACGUGUUUCAAAGAAACGAGCAAGUGCUGUUGUUCAAGGUACCAAGAAACGAUCGAAGGUCCAGCCAGUCCAGGCUUCCGAUUCCCCCAUCCGCGUAGCUCAACACACAUCUCUCACCAGUCACUCAACCAGAUCUGCUGUAUCACCAAAGCAGACAACGGUGAAUAUGCACAUCAAGUUCCGCAAGUUGAAGGGGGGAAUGGCUGAAGUCAACAUCAAACCCGAGCCGGGGGUCCACAGUGAUCAGGACGAGAGGGACGUCAGGGUUGUGCAGGACAAUGAGGAUGAAGAGGAGGUGGAAGAGGAGGAGGAAGAGGAGGAAGGAGAAGAAGAGGAGGAAGAGGAGGAAGAGGAGGAAGAGGAGGAAGAGGAGGAAGAGGAGGAAGAGGAGGAAGAGGAGGAAGAGGAGGAAGAGGAGGAAGAGGAGGAAGAGGAGGAAGAGGAGGAAGACGAUGAAAAGGACAAAGAUGACAACAAUCACGAAGGUGACGAAGAUGACAAAGAGGAACAGGACGAAAACAUCGAAGAGGACGAAGAGGAGGAGAACAACGAAGAGGACGAAGAGGAAGAAGAUCACGAAGAUGGCGAAGAUGCUGAUGAUCACGAAGACCAUGAAGAUCAGGAAGAUCAUGAAGACCAACGGUCUCAUCAGCACCACAAAGAUCGGGAACGUGACCAAGAUGAUGACGAUGAACACAAUGACGAAGAUGACAAACAUUACGACGACAAACACGAUAAAGAUGACGAAGACGAUGAGGAUGACGAGGACGAUGAAGACGAUGAAGAUGAUGAAGAUGAUGAAGAUGAUGAAGAUGAUGAAGAUGAUGAAGAUCAUGAUCUUGAUGAAGAUCAUGAAGAUCAUGAUCUUGAUGAAGAUGACGAAGAUCAGCAGAAUGAUCAGAAUGACAAAGGUGCCAAAGUGGUUGUUCUACCCAAAAGGAUCAACACGGCGAGUCAAUCGGUUGAGAAAGGUUUAGUGGAAGGCCAAUCGGGUCAACUUCACGGUAACGUUGAACAAUCGGCCCACGCAAAUCGCUCGGAAGCUCGGUCAGCCAAUGAUGGGAAGGAAGGGGAACACGAGGACGAGGACAGUGAACAUGAUCUAGCAGUUAAGAAUGGCAAUACCAUCCCCAAAGUGUCCAAAAAGUCUACUACUCCCAAACGUCCUAAACCUCACGAUUGCAAGGCUAUUCUCGUGGUUCAAAUGACCGCAGCCCAGUCUGUCACCCAAAGAUGUACCGUCAUCAUGAAAAGUCCAGAAUGGCAUCCUCCCGCAAAGUCUUUGACCGAGCUACGGGUAUCGCCAUAUCUUCGACGCUUGCUCCAUGAAGCUGCGAUGGGAUUUGGAAUGACCACCACUCGUCUCACUGCUUGGUACGCUCAGAAUGUCCUUGCCAUGGAUGAACAUGCACAAUGGCUUGCCGAUCGCUGCUCUCACCGACUACCAACUCCACGGGACUAUAAGACGGCUAUAGAGACUGCCACGGCUACUGCAAGGAUCGAUCGCAGCCCAUUAGUUGCUCUUGAAAUUCUUGCAGAAAGACAUCCUCAAGCUAUCUUAGCAUCCAAAUUCCCUAAUAUACUUGGAGACAAGUCUACCAAGCUUACCAAGCGGGUGGCAGGUAGUGCGCGGUUUGAAUGUGUCAUUGCCCCUCGUUUUGCUCAAAUCUGCGCCAUCUUACAAGCUUACUCCUUCAUGUUGACUGAAUUCAACAAAGCAGUACGCCAAACGGCUCAAGACGUUUUGGAUGGGACAUAUGUCGUUGAGCAUAGUGAUAUUCCUGCUGAAGAUCUACGGAGAGCCUGUGUGGCGGUUGCGGAAGACGGACUUUGCCCACGCUUUGUCAUGAUUGACGGAUGUGAAGCAGAGCGUACAAGUCUGCGCAAAGUCUACCCAGGAGUUCCUCUUCGUGGAUGUCAAUUUCACAUGAUGCGGGCUUGUCGCUCAAGAAUCAGGUCGAUUGUGGGUCGAUCGGACGAGGGAAAGCGCAAGUGCGCUCAGAUCCUCAAUGCCAUUCGAAGAUGUCAACGUUGUCCAGACGAAAAGAAAUGGGACCAGUAUUACGAGGCACUUGAGGACCAAGUGAACGGUAUCACGGGAUCGACAGCAUGUUGGUCACAGUUAGACGCCUAUCUACAGAAGGAGUGGUUCAGCCACAGAUGGAGAGAUUUUGUCAACGGAUCCCAGUUCCCUCCUGCAAAGUCCUCUUCGACUCCUGAUUUGCAUCUGAACCCUGAUACCCCUGCUUUGAGUACUGGAGACGAUGGUGGAGACUGGGUUCUUUCCCCAAUCGGUCGCCGAUUUCACACUCCUGACACCGAUCGACCACAGAACACAUCAAACAUCGAACCCGCAGAAGAUGGACCAUUGGAAUGGAGCCAGUCAAUGCCAGGGCGGCCCGGUGCUACUCAGGUUCUGGAUCCUGCUAGGUCCAAGGCAAGCAAGGCCAAGAGUGUCCGCAAACGUGUCAGGCGUGCCAAGAUUCAAGACGAAAGGACGGAAAAGGGAAGAAAGAAGGGACAUAAACCUCAACCUAUGUCACCUUUGGGCAUCAUGAACACCCAGUAUGACUGCUAUGCAAUUGCACUGUUCCAGAUCUUGCUGCGGGUUGACUGGUGGGUGUCACGUUUGGAUCAAUCGAUUGCCGAGGACCUCUCAAGCAAGUCAGAUCCUUUAGUGGUAGCGAUUCUAGACUUGCGACAUCUCUCCAGGGGGAGAAGGCUAGGUCGUUUCCCAAAUUGCGCCAGGUGUUGGCCAGUGAGUCCUCUCUAUCCGCAAUGGCCUCUCACUGAAACUUUAGGGUGUUCGAUCGUAGACUCAGCGGAUACAAUGCAAGAUCCCGAUGAGGUCCUGCUCAAUCUCAACAGAUAUCUGGACGAUCGCUUCAAUUCUGAUGCUUUCGAAACAUUAUCAACUGUCAAGGUGGAAGUUCGAGUAAAAUGCCCCAAUUGCGAGGAAGAUUUGGUGGUGGAUAGUGUAACUCAUGGAUCUUUCUACAUCCAUCCCCUUCCGGAAUUGACUCUGCCUACAUCAGCUCCUCCUUCGAUACCCGAUUUCUCCAGUAUGGCAUACAUGUCAUACAAUGUGGGAGGAACCCGCCGGUGCGUUUGCAACAAUCCUGCAUGUGCAUGGGCCAAGUCCAAACAGUCUUUCGAAGGUCACCAACGUUCAUACAUUGACAGUCACUCGGACAUGUUACGAUAUAAUGUCGUUUGGAGUGUGCUCCCCACUCCUGGUGUCAAUCAUCAUCCAUCCCCUAUGCGGUUCAAUAUACCCUCGGAACAUCGCCUUCAUGUACUCCCUCACAAUCCUUUUUAUCCAUCUCACCUUUUCAACUUGUGUGGAAUCAUCUGCCGCCAUGGUCAAGACACGGAGAAUGGACAUUUUGUCACCCUAUCAAAACACAAUGAUCUAUGGUGGCUGAUGGACGAUGACAAAGUAUCUCGUGUUAGUUCUUCAUAUGAGACUGAAGCUUUCAGAGACGGGCGAUAUCCAGUAAUGAUCUUCUACCAGCGAGAUGGAAGUCGUUCCCUUCCUACAAUCCGUAUUCACCAUUCAGAAGCUACAUCCCUCUCAAAUCCAUCACCCAGCCUCCCAUCUGCUGAUCCUACGGCUUUACCUCUACCCUUAUACCGUCCUGAUCAGGUCACACCGUCAGCCACAUCAAUUCGAGAACCAGUGGCAAGUUCAUUGCAGUCUCAACAGCAGACACAUGGCACAUCAACAUCAAUCCAAUCACAAGCAGAGUUUGACUUUUCUUCCACCACGCCCAUCAAACCUGACAACACAAAUGUGGUCGUCACCGGCUCACCUAACGCUGUACAGGUCACUGGCGUGACGAUUGAUUCUCCACUUGGUGUUAGCGGCAGUACUCAAGAGAGGCAAAUACAUUCACAUGGUCCUCUUUUGGUUCCUCAAAUCACCUCCGGGCAGGCACCAGGCAUCGCAAUUGACAAUGCACCCAUACAGUCCAUUCCUUCUGGACCCCAACUCCCACAAGAUCACGAUCUUCUGUCAACAGUCGGUGAAGUGGAGUCUCGUGGGGAGAGUGGGUGGCCCGCAAAGGUCGAGGAUAUAUAUGAAUUCCUCAACAUGGACCUCAUUAAUCAAGCUGGGCUGGUCGAAACCUCCAACGUGGCUCCGGCUGAGUCUUUGCUGGCUUCCACCAGUCAUCCCUUUCAUCCCAAAGCCAGUAUCCCUCAAUCGGGCCCCGAACUUGCGGAGCAGGGACUUCAUCAGUCGGCAUUGGUUCCGCAAAUGUAUCGUCCAAUCUCGACAAAUCGUCAAUCUCAGGCGGGCCCGAUCGGACCUCCUUCGCAUCCAACUUACCCCAAACCCGUGCGUCUUGCAAUACCACCCAUCAUCGGUAUCACCAAUCCUCCGGAUGUGAAUACCAGCAAUGCACCCGUGACACUGAGACAUGACGACCCAUCCUCAAAGCCAAUGUCUGUUCCCUUGGAGACCAAGAAUUCAACGGUCCUAUCCUCUCCAAUCGCCAUAAAUAGUUUAUCAAAUGAUACAAUCCACACGCAAACUACCACGACACUUACCCCGCCGACCGGGUCGGCUGACGCCUUGAAAAACAACCAAAUGUCAAGUUCCGGUAGUCAACCCGUCCGUUCCUCCGCCCCAAUCGGUAUCACCUUCCUUCCUCAACUACAGCCUCCACAACAACCUGAUUUCUCUCGUGAAUUGAAAGAACGGCAGAGCCGGAUCAUUCCUGUCAAUGUUCUUCCUGCUCUCGCAAUGACACCUCUUGGACUAGACUAUAUGACACCGGUAUCAAGGCCCAUCGACGAACUUCAGCGUUCACUUGUUCCACCCUUGUCAAUCAGCACCCGUGGAAAUUUAAAUACUCCAGAUCUUGAUGGUAUCGUUGACGCGGCAUUGGCAAGGUACUCCUCUAUCGCCUUGAAUGGGGCUCGACAUAGGGACACGUCGCCUGUAAGCAACCUGAUCAUCAUGGCCGAGCCCGACCAAUUCGAGCACCCUCCUCUCGAGUUCACAGAUACGUUUUUUGAGAACUUGACACGCAGAAUCAAAGAAAAACCCGGUCGUCCGGGACUUUGGGGUCUACAUAUAGAAGGACCCAAUCAUAGCGUAUUAUUUGCACUGCAGGACUUUGAAAAGCUUCAAAGCCGAACGGCGUGGUGGAAUACAAAUAUCAUCUCUGCUAUGUGUGCAACAGCAGCAGAAUCAGAGGAGGUUGCUUGGAAUCGGCAAUGUCGAUAUGUCGAAGGCUUGCUCCGAUGGUCCUCUCAAGGCAGCAGUGAUCAAUCCCUUAAUAUCUAUUUCCCUACAAAACCUCGUCCGUGGUCAUCUCUUGGCAAAAAUGCUGAUUGGCGUUCACGGGUGACAGUAGGAGUAGAGAAUGUGGAAGCCAACACACAUUUUGUUGCUCUUGCCAUAUUUGGCCCGGCCAAGCUAGUGAUCCCGUUCGAUGGUGCUGGUGGAGUAUAUGAUAAUCCUAUUUUGAAGGAAAAGUGGACGUCUCUUUUGGUAGACCGAUUGGAGUGGGAGUUGGAAAUGGACAUGGUCACGGAAGAAGACAAUAAAGGAUGGAUCUUUGCGCCGAAUACAGAGAGACUGCGCAACGGACUCGGAUGGGUCAAACAAGCCGAUGCUGCCAACUGUGGUCCAUUGGCGGCAGCGGCUGUUAUUCUGUUGCUCCAAGGUGUCAAACCAACCGCUUUUCAUCUAGGGCUGAAGACCGAUACAUAUUCUCGUGAAGCUGCCGUUCUCCUACGAGACUCGCUGAUGCUUAUGUUCUUACGUGAAGUGGCGAGAGUAGCCCGGGACUCAAUGAGUGGACUGGAUCAUUGGCUCAGAGAUGGACAGGCAACAACCGAGUUGUGGUCAUGGGUCGAAAAACGAAAAACGUUCAAGCACAGGCAAUGGUUGUCGAUUAAAGCAAGGCAGUGA